AUGGCAUCUGCUUGGGAAACACAUGCUCGCAAAGCUCGCGACAUUCUCCAACAGUCCAUUCCGAAACAAUGGAUGGUGCCGGCUAACCAGCUGCCUCCUGCAACUCAGCUCAAUGUGGUGGAUUUCCCGCGUACAAGCGGGAUCCUUACGGACAAGGAACUCGCUAUAACGGAGAUGUCCGCCACGACUCUUGUGGAACGGAUGGGCGAAGGUCAAAUCAGUGCCGAAGAAGUGGUUGUGGCCUUCUUGAAGAGGUCUGUUGUGGGGCAUCAGCUGCUCAACUUUGCUACAGAGUUUAUGGCCGAGAAAGCCAUUUCGCGAGCCAAAGUGCUAGAUAGGUACUAUAAAGAGACUGGAAAGCUAGUUGGGCCUUUGCAUGGUGUUCCUGUUAGUGUCAAGGAGCAUAUCGGAAUUAAAGACUUGACCUUAAAUGGAGGUUACGCUGCCUGGGUUGACGACAUUGCGAUGGAAGACGCGCUUCUCCUGCAAUGCCUUGAGAAGGCUGGAGCAGUCUUCCAUGUGCGAACGAAUCAGCCUCAGUCUCUCAUGCACCUAUGCUGCAGUAAUAACCUCACUGGGACAACCUUGAACCCGUACAACCGCUUGCUUACCCCAGGCGGAUCUUCAGGAGGGGAGGGUGCAUCUAUGGGCUUUAGAUGUGCUCCGCUAGGCAUCGGAACUGAUAUCGGUGGCUCAAUCAGAUGCCCUGCAGCGUUCUGCAACGGCUAUGGCUUUCGUCCAACCGCACGAAGAAACCCGACCAGUGGGCUCAAAUCCCCUGAGCCGGGCCAGGAAUCAAUCCUCGGUGUGGUUGGUCCACUUUCUAGCCAAUCUAUCGAAGAUUUGAACUUGUUUCAACGUGCAGUCCUUAAUCAGGAGCCAUGGGAUAUAGAAACAUCGUUGGUGCCAGUACCUUGGAAGGAUGCCAGACCAACGAAGAAUAUGACAGUGGCUAUUAUGUGGGACGAUGGCUGUAUUCGUCCUCAUCCCCCGGUGCUCAGAGCUCUGAAGCAUGCCCAGAAGAAGCUGCAGGGUAUCGGCAUUAAAGUAGUUGACUGGGAGCCCUACAAACAUGGCCACGGCUGGGAUAUUAUCUCUUCUCUCUACUUCCCAGAUGCAGCCGCCAGCCAGCGUGCGCUCAUUGCGCAAACAGGUGAACCGAUCCUCCCUCUCACCGAGUGGGCCUUUCAAUAUAGCCGUCCCGCACCAUUGGCCGUGGGCGAGGGCUGGGAGCUGAACCACCAACGGGACAUCUAUCGAGACGAGUAUCAUGCGCUUAUGAAAUCUCGAGGAGUGGAUUUCAUUCUUUGCCCCGCAUAUGUUGGUGUUGCGCCGGUUCUGGGUGAAUCCCACUACUGGAACUACACUGCAAUUUGGAACAUCCUGGAUCAGCCUGCUGUCGUAUUUCCCAGUGGGUUGAAUGUAGAUCCGCAGCUGGACGCUGUAGACAAGUCUUACCAACCAAGGACUGUAGUGGACGAGAGAGAAUGGAAAAAGUAUGCACCUGAAAGGUACACCGGCGCACCGAUUGGACUACAGCUGGUCGGAAGGCACUUCAAAGAUGAGGAUACGCUGGCAGCUGCUAGCUUAAUUUCGACUGCAUUGGAGGAGCAAAUGGCGAAGCUAUAA